AUACAAAGUCCAAUCAUCAUAGAGAGGGGAUAUGUAGCUAGUAUACACUACUGUAUAGCCACGCUGACGCGGCAACAAUAGUCGACCGUUAACUAACAUUGAAAAUACAUUGAAUUUAUAUUUUUUUUAAAACUACAAUUCAAACUUUGAUUAUCUUAAUUAUUGGCCGAAGUACAUUAAAAAAUAAUUUACAAAAUGGUUUGUGCUUGUACCUGGGUAAUUCUUGCAUUACUUUAUAUCAUUUUCGAUGUCAAUUAUUUUCUUAGAAUAUUCUUCACAAUCGGUUGGGGAAGACUUUUUCAAAAAAAGAAGAAAAUUUUCGACACAACUACGAUUUAUGGUAUUUGCACCACUCAAGACGUUGACAUCUUCUUGAAGCACAUGAAUAAUGCACGGUACUUAAGAGAGCUAGAUUUUGCUCGUUUUCAUUUUUACGACAGAACUGGAAUCUAUGCUGAAGUAAGUAAACGAGGUGGUGGUGCAGUGCAAGGAGCUUCUUCUACUCGAUACCGACGAGCACUUCCGAUUUUCACUCCAUAUAAAGUCACCACGAAGCUCAUCUAUUGGGAGGAUAAAAAUUUCUAUCUUGAACAUGAGUUUAUUAGUUUAUCAGACAAUUUUAUACGAGCAGUUGUUUUGAGUAAACAAACUGUCACCAACUUGAAAGUUCCAGUUUCUGAAAUAAUUGAAGCAGUUGAACCAAACGCAAAAAGACCAGAGCUCAGUGAAGAAUUGAAAAUGUGGUUGAAUUCAAUGCAAUUGUCAUCAGAAAAACUGAAAAAGCAAUGAUAAAACAUCAUCAAAUGAUUGAAGAUUUCAUGUUAUAAUUUUUUAUGUUAUAUUUUAUACUAUUUAUUUAAUAUUAGUUGUCAUUUAUCUUCUUUUUUAUCAAAUUUUGGAUGUUUUAUUACUAUUAUUCUUGUGAAUAUACAAAUAUCAAACACUUACAUCAUGUGUUUUUGAUCGGAAUUGGGUUGUAACAGGGGAUUAUCAAUAAAUAAAAGAUCAAAACUUACAAUCA